AUGGACAAGGACAUUCUAAACCAAAGCAUGAUGGAGAAAAAACCAGAGGAUUUUCUCCCCGGGUGGGUCCGGAGAGCCGGGAAUCCCACACCACCUACGGUGGUCUGCCCCAGGGAUACGGGGGGGGCGACAAAUCAUGCGACAACGAAUCAAACUGAGGAGGAGGCGGUAGAUCGGGCCGGGAGCGGCAGUGAAAGCAGACAACAGGGCGGAGAGUUCGCGACUGAUGAAGAAGGAAAAAAUAAAAUAAUACAGCAGGCAGCAGAAGACGACAGAAUAGUCAGAAGACCGUCACUUAUGAGGACGCCACCCGAGGAAACAAAGUCGACACAUGAUGACAGAGAACGACAACCUUACGCAUGGCAAAAAAAAAGGAAGACUGAGAGCAGCCCAGGCUUAUUGGAUGACAGAUCAAAGGAGGAUAGCAAUAGAGAGGUGGUACUACUGAGGAAAAAAAUGGAUGAAAUAAACAUGUUCAUCGCGGGCCCAGGCGGGAAAAACGUUAAUAAAACAUUAAAAGACCUAGUAAGGGAAAUGGAAGGCAGAGUGAGAGCGACGGAAAACAGAAGGGAAGCAGAAACAAGAGCCAGAGCAAGAGCAGAAAACUUAACUGGAAAACAGGCAGAGCUGGAAGAAUCGGUGGUUAUUGGAAACAUGAAGGAAAGCAUCGAGGAACUGCAAGGCCGGCAUGAAGAGAUGAAGAAGAAACUGCAGGAGAUGGAAAACACCAACAAAAAACUAGAGAGAGAAGUAGAAAAAGCGAAUGCGCGCUACGCAAAACUGGAGAAAGAGUAUACGGAGGAAAAGCGGCAAAGAGGGCGGAGAAAGGCGGAGAUACGGGAAGAAAUUGCGGAGGCGCUAAGCAGGGAAACCAGGGAUCUGGAAACGUUCCUCAGUAUAGUAGAGGAGGAGUGGCCCGCCGAAGAGAUGGGAAAAGUCAAAACUAGCAACACAAACCCGGAAGGUUUCAACAGAGAAUGGGACAUCGUUUUUUACGUGGAGGAUGAUGUAGAGAUGGAAGGACCAGUGGCGAGGGAAAUGAAGGCGUGUUUCCCAAUGGUAGACAAAUUAAACAGAGGCGAUAUCAAUAAAAAAGGAGAGUACCUGUACUGCAUCCAAGGUACAUGGCAGCCGGGAGAAGGAUGGAUCAGGGCGGAAUAUUACGGCAAGCUAAUAAAUACCGCCGCAGAGGACAGAAUGGAGGGCGUAUACAGAGCAAUAGAGGAGUUACGGGAAGUAUGCAGGGAAGCCAAAAGGAAGAAAGUAGUCAUUGCCAUGCUGGACAACGGCGACGCAGAGGCUGUAAGGAAAGCGGCAAUAUACCUCUUGGAAGGAAUGGAGGUGGUCAUCACGGCACCCGGGGAGGGACCAGACGACGAGGAAUUUCGCACGAAGGAAGAGAGAAGGACCCGGAAAAAUAAGAAGGGAGGAGCGACGCGCAAUACAAGAGAGAGGCCGGAAGCCGUGCUGAUAAAACUGCAGGGUAAAGAAGAAUACGCGAAGGUACUACAAAAGGUGCGUUCCACGGAAAUAGGAAACGAUGAAGUGAAGGUGCGAGGUGUCACCCAAACCAGAGAAGGGGACAUCCUAGUCCAUGUAGAAAAGGGCGAAGGUAAGGCGGAAUUACUUAGAAGGAGAUUGGCCGAAUCCACGGAAGGUAGAGAAGUAAGAGUACUACAGGACACAACCGUGAUCGAGAUACGCGACUUGGAUGGAGUCACAACAGGAGAGGAGGUGAUAGAGGCGGUUAAAAAAGCCCACCCCGGGGCGAUGCCAAAAGUUCUGAGAAUCACAAAAGUGAGUGGGGAACGACAAUACGCGAAAGUAGCGCUGGAAAAGAAAAUAGCGGAAAAACUAAUAGAAGAAGGCCGAUUGAGGGUGGCUCUCACUAGCUGCCGGGUGAGAGAAAGCGAGAAAAAGAUAGAUAAAUGCUUUAGAUGCUGGGAGGCAAGACAUAUAGGCUCACAGUGCAAGGGCACAGACCGCAGUAGCCUGUGCCACAAUUGCGGCAAGGAGGGACACAACAGGAGAGGAGGUGAUAGAGGCGGUUAA